AUGCCGCAGCAAACGUCAUUAAUAAAUCCAAUUGGCUUUAAGAUACAUUGGAUGAAAUUGCGUGAGGCAAAAUCAGCAGAAAUAAUAUGGGAGGCUAGUGAUAAUUUAACAUUUCCAAAUGAGGAAUUACGUGCAUGGAUGCCAAAAACAUGUGGACGAAUAAUACGUGAAGUGAAUUUUUCCACAGUGAGACCAAUGAAUUGGUUUCGAAUGGAGCAAAAAUUAUUUUUAAAAGAUCGUUUAUUUAAUGAAUGGUCAUUUGAAUCGAGUAGUGUUGGUGAACGUACAUUAACUGCACCUGAACUAUUGAAAUUACCAGUGGAAAUAUUUAAUGGCGAUAUUGUACUUGAGACAAAAUUUUUCUAUCAAAAUAAUCCAAUUGCAUCCAAUAGAAUAAGAUUUUUCAUAGAUUAG